AUGUGCAGUAGUUUAAAUGAAGGUCCAUAUACUUCGCCAACUUUUGGAAAAUCAUUAUCCUUGAAAGUAGAUGGCGGGUUCAAUGCCGUAUCUAUAAAUCCUUCCGGUAGGGAUGUUGUUUUGGCCAGUCGGCAGGGUCUUUAUAUUAUCAAUCUAGAUGAUCCGUUUACACCUCCAAGGUGGUUGCAUCACAUCACACCGUGGCAGGUUGCCGAUGUGCAAUGGUCGCCGCAUCCCGCAAAACCAUAUUGGAUAGUCUCAACAUCGAAUCAAAAGGCAAUCAUAUGGAACUUAGCAAAAUCUUCAUCAAAUGCCAUUGAGUUUGUGCUUCAUGGUCAUUCAAGAGCAAUUACAGAUAUAAACUUUAAUCCGCAACAUCCUGACGUUUUAGCUACCUGUUCAGUUGACACGUAUGUACAUGCUUGGGAUAUGAGGAGCCCACAUAGACCAUUUUAUUCGACAAGUUCAUGGAGGUCAGCUGCUUCUCAAGUGAAAUGGAAUUACAAGGAUCCAAACGUUCUUGCGUCUUCACAUGGAAACGAUAUAUUUGUAUGGGAUAUAAGAAAAGGCUCCACUCCCCUUUGUUCUUUGAAAGGCCAUGUGAGCUCCGUAAAUAGUAUAGAUUUUAACCGGUUCAAAUACUCUGAAAUUAUGUCGAGUUCAAACGACGGGACAGUAAAGUUCUGGGAUUAUUCAAGGAGUACGACAGAGUCAAAGAGGACCGUAACAACUAAUUUUCCGAUUUGGAGAGGACGUUACCUUCCUUUUGGAGAAGGUUAUUGUAUCAUGCCAAUGGUCGGAGGCAAUAACGCAGUCUAUCUGGUUAAUCUAUGUGACGACGAUGAAAGUGAAGAAAAUAAGAAGACAAAACUUCAGCCAAUAUAUGCGUUCAAAGGACAUAGCGACCGAGUAAUUGACUUUCUUUGGAGGUCAAGGCAUACGUACAACGGGGAUUACGACGAUCGUGAAUUUCAAUUGGUUACUUGGUCUAAAGACUGCGAUUUAAAGUUAUGGCCAAUUUCUGACAGUAUUUAUGGGAAAGUCAACUUUGACAGAGGCAAGAGACUUAAGGAAAAAUUGCCAGAUUACGAUUAUUGCUCAUACAAUAAGGAACCUGAAAAUAGGGAAAAUAUUCAAAAGAAUGAAUUUAAGCGCAUACGAGAAAACUUUGUGACAACGUCUGGCUUGAAGAAAAACAAGACCAACCAUAUCACAUGGCUCUCAGGAAUUAGAAUGAACAACGCAAAUUCGCAAGACGAUUUAUUCAACGACACGAAAAUCCAGAAUCUGGGGGAGGAAGUAAGUACCAUUGGUCACAAAUUUCCAAAAGUCGUUUUUGAAAAGAUUUCCGUCUCCACAAGGGAACUGUGCCUGACGCUCAAUGGCCCCUGGUCAGAGGAGAAUCCUGAUGAUUAUGUCUUCUUGCGUAUAAAUAUCAAUUUUCCGCCUAACUAUCCAAGCAAAGGGGACCCUCCCAAAUUUAUAAUUGAGGAGAACGCAAAUCUAACCAUGAGCAAGAGACAAGAAAUACUUUCCAAUUUAGCAACUAUUGGUCAAAGGUAUACCGAUUCAAAUCUUUACUGCCUGGAGCCAUGUAUAAGAUUUGUAUUAGGUGAGAAAAUCAGCCUGGAAGACAUCGAAGAAGGGCAAGAACCCUUGUUAAAUUUCGAUAUUGCAGAUCAUAUAGAUUUUGAAGAGUUAUCGUCACUAGAUAGCUCUUAUUCCGAUUCUCAAAAUCUGGAAAACCUUUCUUCACAAUCAGAUACAGAGUCAUACAAGGAAGCACUAGUAUUCACAGACACUUCGAAUCCAGGUUUGGAUUUUGGAAGAAAUCUAGCUCUCGAUACCACACCUGUUCCAAACGGGUGUGGAUCUUGUUGGAGUGCAACGGGGGAACUUUUCUGCUUCUUUGCAAAUGAUAAAAAACCUGAGAAAAAACAAAAUGCAAUAAUUAAACUAUCUCAAAAAGAUACAGGGGCAGAGAAGCAUCCGUUUAAAGUUGAGCCCAAAGUUUUAUAUGAUAAGGAAGUUGAUAGUAGUGCAAUCACUGCUGCGGAUGAAUUGAAGGCUCGCCCUAAGCGGUAUGUUGACACUUUGGGACUAGGAGGUAGUACCAAUGGUGAUUCAAGGACAUAUUCUGACGAUGAGACGUCUUCCGAUGAUUCAUUUGAUAGUGUCGCAGACGAUUGGGACGAUAUAUUGAGAAAUGAUAUUAUAGUAAGAACAAAAAUUCCAAUGCUAAGAGGCAAUUUUGGGGCUUUCAGCUCAGUCCAUUCAGAAUCCGGAAAAACAGUAGAAUCCACUAAAAGAAAUAAGAAUUUGGUGAUUUCCAAAGAUUUCGGUAGUUUAUUAAGCGACCGCAAGGAACUAGCGCAAGAGUACUUAUUUAUGGAUGUUACUCCAGAGGAAUUUGCUAGAAAUAACGCUUUAGUGGCAGAAAAAUUUGAGCUUGACGAAAUUAGUCAUUGUUGGCAAAUAUUAUCUGAUAUGUUGAUAGACCAAAGUGAUUACGAUCCUUAUACUACCAUAUGGAAUAACCAUCCUAUGGGGAUAAAAUGGUUCAUAGGGGAAGCAAUUAUCUACUUUGAAAGGCAACAAAAUUUACAGAUGCUGGCUAUGUUAUGCUGUGUUAUAUUAAGUGCCAGGAAAAAAAAGAGCUCAACCAGAUGUUAUGGGCAAGAAUUGGAGAAUAUGGAGGGAACCAUUGUGUUUAAUGACAAUGAAAGCCAAAAUACAUCAUUUUGGAAAGGGUCAGAUGCAAUUUCUACUAGAUCUAGGAGUAGCACUGUAACACCAAAUUUUAAUGGUUCUCAUUUGAGAGGAAAAAACAUCCACGGAGGAGACAACUCCUCAAUAAGAUCUGACGACUACCAUGCUAGAUUAAGAACGCACAACAUAUUUAAUGGUGGUAAUAAAUUUGCGGACCCUGCUCAAAAGCAGAGCAGCCGUGCCAUUUCAUCCAGCCCUUUCCAUAGCAGAAUGCCUGACAUCAAAGUCGAACUUUUACACGACGAUAUUAUAGAAGCUUAUGAACAAGAAGAUCUUUUACAUUUAGAGGUAUCAGACAUACCAAAGUUUCAAACUUACAUUUACCAAUAUUCAAAGUUACUUUUUAGAUGGGGACUGCCUUUAGAAAGGGUCAAAAUUCUAAAAGUUAGUACUGAUUUUAGAAGUUCUUAUAGUUCUCAAGAUAUUAUAUCUAGCGAUGACAAAAAUAGUCCCUACGGCGGUGUACUUACGCAUUGGAUAGAGAACAAGAAGUUUGGAGAAGAAAAAUUCAUAGCUCGAAAUUGCAAUUACUGUGAUUUGAGGGUGACAAGAAGCAGCUUCAUAUGCGGCAAUUGCCAACACGUUUUACACUCUUCGUGCGCGAGGACUUGGUGGGAGAUUGGUGAUGAGUGUCCAUCUGGAUGUGGGUGCAAUUGUCCGGAUAUGUUUGAUGCCUAA